AUUCCUUUCCUUCCCUUAGCGUGGCGUGGGGGUUGAAAUCUGACUCCGUCCAUUGGACGUUCCAGAUUUAUUACGCUUUAGCUUACUUCCCUUAACCGGACACAGCUCAUCCUUAGAAAAAAACUUCAUCCUCAUAUAUAAAUAAAUUUCUAUUUUUAAUUUAGGCAUUAAUUUGAUUCAUUUUUUUUUUUGGAAAGGAAAUUAAUUAAUUAAUUAAUUACUUGUCUCCAAGCAUUAUGCAAUUUGUCUCACUGGUAAUUGGUCGGCCAAGAGGAGAGUUGGGGUUGUUUAGGUGGGGCCCAAUUUUUCUGGGCCCCACUCCAGAUCUACAAAUAACGCUAAUAAUCAUAGAUACAGUAACAGUAGUAGUAUAUAAGAUCAGAUCAGAUCAAUCAUCAAUUCAUUAUGUGCUUACGUCGACGGCUAAUCCAACGGUUUACAAGGCGCCGAAAGCACAAUACAAUCGGCUGAGAUUGAGAGAGAAGGCUCUCUAAACAAAACGGCUUCAACUUAAAAGCGCCGAACUAACCAAGGAAACGGUGCCAUGUCAGCACAUAAGAAUAAGCGUUUUUCUUAAAUAAAUAAAUAAGAAAGAACAGCUUGUUUAUUUUUCCGCUUUCUCUUUUUUUAUAGCUAUAUUACUUAUUAGUAUUCAUAAUAAUUUCUACAUAUGAACACAAAUGGAAUUUCUGCAGAGCUCCGGGAUCCGCGUUUCUCGAUCAUAGCGAAAGAGUUUCAAAAAAAAUCCAUUUCCAAUCUUCUUCUUCGCGCGUAAUCGUCAUUGUUGACAUUCUCAUCUACUUUCAUAUUUUGUUUGAUUGCAAGAGAUGAAAGUUUGAAGGGCAUAGCAUUAUUAUUUACGGAGAAGGUUUACUGAAAUUUUCUUUUGGGUUUAAAUACGUAUAUUAACCGAAAAAGGAAAAAGGGAAAGAAGCGAGACAAUGUCAACGAGGAGUGAACAUCACACGGUACCACUUUCGGUGUUACUGAAGCGUGAAUUGGCUAAUGAGAAGAUUGAGAGACCGGAAUUAAUUCAUGGUCAGGCGAGUCAGAGUAAGAAAGGAGAAGAUUUCACUUUGAUUAAGACAGAAUGCCAAAGGAUGGUUGGAGAUGGCGUUUCUACCUAUUCCGUUUUUGGGUUAUUUGAUGGACAUAAUGGAUCUGCAGCUGCCAUUUACUCUAAGGAGAAUCUUCUAAACAAUGUCUUAAGUGCCAUACCUUUAGAUCUUAACAGAGAUGAAUGGAUAGCAGCAUUGCCAAGAGCUUUGGUCGCAGGCUUUGUCAAGACAGACAAAGAUUUUCAAGAGAGAGCACAAAUGUCAGGAACAACUGUCACUUUUGUGAUUAUUGAAGGAUGGGUUGUAACUGUUGCCUCUGUUGGCGACUCCCGCUGUAUACUUGAAGCAGCUGAAGGAGGCAUUUAUUACUUAUCUGCAGAUCAUAGGCUUGAUUGCAAUGAAGAGGAGAGAUCACGUAUCACUGCAAGUGGGGGUGAGGUUGGUCGUCUAAAUACUGGCGGUGGUGCUGAGAUUGGUCCUUUGAGGUGUUGGCCAGGUGGCCUUUGUCUUUCACGAUCCAUUGGGGAUAGGGAUGUUGGCGAAUACAUUGUUCCCGUUCCUUAUGUUAAGCAAGUGAAGCUGUCUACUUCUGGUGGUAGGCUGAUCAUUUCAAGUGACGGUGUUUGGGAUGCUUUAACUGCGGAAGCUGCUCUUGAUUGCUGCCGUUCGAUGUCAGCAGAUGCUGCAGCUACGCAAAUUGUGAAGGAAUCUUUACAUGCGAAGGGACUUCGAGAUGACACAACCUGCAUUGUGAUUGAUAUAUUACCUCAAGAGAAGCCACCUGCUCCGCUGCCCCCACCUAAGAAGCAGGGAAAAGGAGUGUUUAAGUCCAUGUUUCGUAAAAAGUCAACUGAAUCAACUUCUUAUGUUGACAAAGAGUACAUAGAGCCAGACGUGGUGGAGGAAUUAUUUGAAGAGGGCUCUGCUAUGCUUUCAGAAAGGUUAGACACGAAAUAUCCACUCUGCAACAUGUUUAGGUUGUUCACAUGUGCUGUUUGUCAAGUAGAAGUGAAACCAGGAGAGGGCAUUUCAAUACAUGCCGGCUCAUGUAAUGCAGGAAAGUUGCGUCCCUGGGACGGCCCUUUCCUUUGCUUAAGUUGCCAGGAGAAGAAAGAAGCCAUGGAAGGAAAAAGGCAUUCUGCUGAUAGGUAUAGUAGUGGAAGUGAAUAGCCAACAACCCUCCACGGGUAUUUUUGCAAUUUGAGAGCAUUAACUAUUAUUUUGAAGUUGAUCAUAAUUGGGAAGCUGAAGCUUUUUCAGGAGAAUAGUUUAUCUGUGAGCAUAGCAUUUAGGUCCAUUGUGCUGUUCCUACUUCUAUUAGUUGGACCCCAACUUGGAUCUUCAUCUCAUCUUUUCAUGUUCCAAAUCAGAAGAUUCCGGCUACACAAUGCUUGCAUUUUCAGAAGAUCUCUUUUCUGACUUCAGAUUCAGAGUGAUCAAAACAGUGCAAAAUCAAACCUUUACUGAAAAAAAAGGUGGGUAUUGUGGAAGGAUUGGAUAAAACUUGCCUGUGCAUAUUGUUUUCAGAGGUAAUAACUUUUCUUUCUGGAUCCACAAUGUUCCAGUUCAUAGAGUUACUAACAUUGAAUGAAAGUAGUAGUUUAGGAUGUAAUAUUAUUAUAUACGGAGUUGGAAAGAGACCUCAUUAACUUUCAUUUCGAAUUAGGAAAUCUUUGUGUUUGUAAGCAAUCUGAAGUUAAAAAGAACUUUGAAUUAGGCAAUUAAUUUAUUUUUUUUCUCUUUUUCCAAAGAGUAAUUUGAUUCUUAGCUUUAACAAUGCUGUUCUAAUGUGUGGAUUCUGCCUCCCUAUAUUAUAUUGUAAAACUAUUUUACCCUAACUUAAACCAUUUUAUAAAUGGUUGAGGGGAUUUAUAAUUUAAAGGUUGUCAUGAUUUUGUCA